UCUCACUCCUGUGGACAGACUGAGCAUCAAAGCAAGCAGCACAGUCUCYCCGUAACUCUUUGGGAAAAUCAUUUUUUAAAGUGUUUCUUCCAUUUACGCUGUCUGGGUUUGAGUUUGUUUAUUACCAUUUUUUUUUGGAAAUUUCUGUUAAAAUGGACUCGGACGCCAGUUCCACCUGCAGCCGCUCCUCAUCCCCAGACCUGGUGGUGGACGACUCUGCUGGGAGUUUCUUCUCCAACAAGAUGUUCCAGAAAUACUGCCUGGAGAACCGACAGAGCAGCGAGGCCGGCCAAGACAGAAACGAGCGCUGCGGUGGCGGAGGAGCAAAGGCCAAAAACAGGUCUGAGCUCAGCAAGGAAGAGAUGCAGGACCUGAGGCUUAAAGUCAACAGUCGAGAGAGGAAGAGGAUGCACGACCUGAACCAAGCCAUGGACGGCCUGAGGGAGGUGAUGCCGUACGCUCACGGCCCUUCUGUUCGCAAACUUUCCAAAAUCUCCACCUUGCUGCUGGCUCGUAACUACAUCCUGAUGCUCUCCAGCUCCUUGGAGGAGAUGAAGAAGCUGGUUGGGGACGUCUACGGCGGCAGCGCUGCCGCGCAGAGCCGCUCCGCUGCCCACCACGCCAUGGCCCCCGCAGCCACAGCUGCCCACCUCCCGCUGCAUCCUCUGGCCCAGUCUCUUCACUCGCUGGUGGGCAGCGCGCCUGCAGCUCUGCAACAUCACGCCUCCUCUCCCUCUUCAGCUCCGGCUCCACACUCCCCUCCUUCGGCCACCUUCCUGGGCUUCCACGCUCCGGUCCAGGGCCUCCUGAAAGACCCGCUCCACCUGAGCAGUUCCUACCGGCACUUCCCUGGCAUGCCCUGYCCGUGCACGCUCUGCCAGCCCCUGCCCACGACCACCUCCACGUUACACAGCUUGUCUAUGAGCAAAUGAGCGGAACUCCCUUUUAAAUGACUGUUUCUGUUUGGAUCAGAGCACAGAACCAAACCGGACUAACUUACAUGCUGCCUGGUUCCAGAAUUGUACAUUUUGUUAAUAUAAACUGCUGCUAUUUGUCAUUAAUUUGUUUCUUCUUCUUAUGCUCUGAAUGUGCCAGGAAUCUGAUUCGAGCAGCAAAGUCUGCAGUUUGAUGCCUUUUUUUUUGAUGAGUCAUUGUGGAAACAAAUGUUUGAUAUUGUGCAGGAUUUCUAUUUUCAUAAAUUAAAAUACAUUUUAAAAGUAA